AUGCUACCGACAAAUAAUUCUUCCUCAAGUAGGGCCCCUAAUCAAUAUUGGAUGGUUGGAGAAGAUUUGGGGCAGCGCCACUAUCAUCAAACCCAACCACAAAUGCAUGGGCAAAAUCCUCAACAGCGAAAUUUCCAGCAGCAGCAGCCAUUCGAGCAGAACCGACAACACGUGCAAGCGUAUCAAAAUCAAGUACCACCGCCACCUCCUUAUUUUCAAAAUUACCCCUAUAAUCAAACUCAAGUCCCAUAUCACAUGGGCAAUGAUAGCAGAACCUCUGCGCCACAACAUCCAGGGUAUCAUCAAAAUCAGAGCCCAUCAGAAUAUCGGCCAUUCACUCCAGGACCACCAAAUAUGGACCAUUCAACUCGAAUGAAUUCUGAACAGCUAGCAGGAAACUUACCGUCGCAUGCUGUUGCUGGAAAUUUGGCCCAGGUGGUGAUCAGAUCCCCAACCGCACCUCGGCGGGGACGUCCACCAAAGAAUCUUUCCGACCCUUCAUAUCAAAAAUCUCAAAAGCCAACGAUACCGAAAAGACGAGGCAGACCACCUAAGGAUCGCACGGCAAUAUUUGGCAGUAAUGACUCAGACUCUUUCACGGCAAAAGAUCAAAAGCCCAAAUCCCUUAAAAGUCAAAAUCCCCAGUCAGAUGACAAUCCACCAAAGAAACGAGGUCGUCCACCAAAGCAGCCUUCCCCUGAAGUAGAUCUUGAACUCCCGAAUCCAAACUUUCUUGUUUAUGACUGUGGGUGGGAUAAGUGUCCUGCUAAAUUGCACAACUUGGCUACGUUGAAAAUGCACCUCCUUAAAGUUCAUGGUAAGAGGGAGAACGAGAAGUUUCGAUGCUUAUGGAAAGGUUGCACCGCUGCUACAAAGCAUACUGAAAGUGGAUAUCCUUUGGCAUCAGAAUCAGCAAUAAGGAAACCACGGGAGUUCGAAGACGAAGAUAAGUGGAAAAGGCAUGUUGAGAAAAAGCACAUAAUCCGCUAUGCUUGGCAUAUGGGUGACGGGCCUAUGAAUUCAUUAGAUGGCCUCCCGGGACCCAAAUCUCCAACAGCCCCGUCAUAUCUGUUUGAUAAAAAUGGCAAUCAAGUCACUCCUUCAGUUGACGACCAACAGAUUGAGGAUGGAGACCCCAAGCUGAAUAGCAAAAAGAGGUUCAAGCGAGUUAUCAGCGGUCUUGAUUUUGUCUUGAAGCCAGUUUAUACCUCGAAUUUCACGUCACCAACUAAAGCUGGGGAAGGUGAGGUCCAUGAUGAGAACGACGAAGUGCAUAGUGAAAAGGAGGAUGAAAAAGCUGAAGAAGAUGGAGAUGAGACUGAUAUGGAGGACAUUGGACCAAACUUUUAGAUAUUUUGACGGGGAAGGGGAAACUCGAAAUGAGCGCUCCUCGGUGAUUGUCGGUUCAGGUAAUUGCAUUUAUUGAUUUUUAUGAUGACAUAAAUCAUCUGAAACGAUCGGGUUUGUUUGGUCGUUAAUCAUUAUGGAUUAUUCUGGGGUGUAGAUACUUAUUUCACAGCGAUCGAGUCACUUGCCCUGGGUAUUGUGGACAAUUAGCAAAAUUCUUCUGAUUUUCACAUUCAUGUUGACUCUGUUCCAGAACGACCGAUUCAAUACAGCUGUUGUAGACGCAGAGGGCCAUUCAUUUUCUCUACGAAUACAUAUAUGUUAUAUCUGCCACGAGACGGGAAGCGCUUAAGCUGAGUGUUUUUGUGGACCGAAGAAGCGGAAUAUAUAUGUAUGGAAGGCGAAAUCUGCUCAAAUUGUAUCAAAUACUCUGACAACAUCAUUGAUUUGGUUCUUAGUAGAAAUUCUAGCCUUUGAUGCUCAGUUGUGUCAAUGGAGUGUGCGGACAUUAGAUCUUUGUCAUAACUUUUUCAACACGAUAAA